GGAAAAGGUGAAAGGAAUUUCAAGCGAUCGACACCCGAAAAGCUUCAAAUCUCUCCCAAAAGAAUCAAUCUAUCUUUGUUCCGGGCGACAUGAAGAAGCUCUACGGGAAAGCCAAAGGUAAAGUCCACCCCUCGCCGCCGGUCAUCGCCGACCGCCUCUCCUUGCUUCCGGCUACAAUUCUCACCCUCGCGGCGGCCCUCUCCCCGGAAGACAAACAAGUCCUGGCCUACCUCAUCUCCUGCUCCGGCGCCUGCUCCUCCACCUCCUCCGGCCACCGUCCUCAGUUCCACUGCAACUGCUUUAGCUGUUACAUGAGUUAUUGGGUCCGCUGGGACUCCUCGCCGAACCGCCAGCUGAUUCAUGAGAUUUUGGAUGCUUAUGAAGAGGGGCUGUUUAAGAAGAGGCUGAAAGCAAAGAAGGAGAGAGGGAAGAGAGUUUGUAUCUCGCCGGAGGGCGGCGAGAAGGGCCGCGCCGGAGAGGCGGAGACGGCGGAGGUCGGCGGCGAAGGGGAGGGUGGGGGACAGGGUGGUGAGGUGGGGGUGGAGAAGGGUCCGGUGAGGAAGCUGGUGAGCUUCAUUGGGGAGAGGAUUUGGGGCGUUUGGGGGAUAUGAAAAUUUUUAAGAGAAAUUUCCUUCAUUUUUCUUUGUUCGUUUUUUUGCUUUGUACAAAGAUCAUCCACCCCUGUAAUGUAAGUAAGGUGGUGUUUGGGGGAUAUGCAAUUUUAUCUCUUGGGGGAAAAAAUAUUUUCCUUCAUUUUCUUUUGUGUUGCUUUGCACAAAGGUCAUCCACCUCUAAUGUUAGGAAUUAAGGUACAUGGUCUUUGGAGGAUGAGAAAAUUCUCUCUCUUGGGGGAAGAAAAUUUUCCUUCAUUUUCUUUGUCUGUUUUGUUGCUUUGUACAAAGAUCAUCCUGCUCUAAUGUAAGUAAUUAAGAUGGUGUUUGGACAAUGAGAUAAUUUUCUCUCUUCGGGGAAGAAUAUUUUCCUUCA